CGUAGAACAGCGGCGUACUGCACGCAAUUCAAAUCUGCUCUCGCUGUGUCGUCCAACAAUUUCUUCGGAUCCAAUCCUUUGGUUACCCAUGACAAGGCUAGAAAGAAGCCGAUGCAUACGAUGGCGUCUUGGUUGGUUACCCAGUUAUAACACUACUCGCUGCCUUCGACACACCCCACAGCUCCUUACAAAACAACAUGCCAUCUAUUGCCUCGACAUGCAUCACCGUCUACAAACACCAAAGUCUAUAACUGAUCCUCUGUUCCUCCUUUUAAAUAAGCUUCCCACUUGAAAGCCACGCUCUUUUCAAACAAGAUCGUUUUGGACUAUCAGAUGGCCCGUAAUUUGCACUAUCUUAC